AUAAGUCGUGCCACUAAUAUAUUUGGUUAAAUCGCAAGUUUUAUCAUUCUUUGAGUCGGAAGGAAGUGCCAAAGAUAUCGUUGUUUGAAUCUAUGCCGUGAAAUUGCUGGAAAUAGCCGAUACUUUGUUAAAGCGUUCAGACUAGAAUGCCGAACAACUGUGGCAAAGCUUUUGUAUUUCGUGAAAUGUAACGCAGUGCAAGUCCGCUAACGGUUUCUGUAUAAUCAUUCUACUGUAGUGACUCCAGACUUUGAGGCGAUGGGAGCUCUCACCUUUGGCUCUCUUCUUCGAGUUUCAUUAUCAUGACAAGUGAAAGGCUCACGGAAUUGUCUUAUACAGCAAAUUAUGGUUAAAGAAACCGUCGGGAAACCGAAAGUCAGAAUUCGAACGCUACUAUGGACGUUUGUGUGUUGUUGUCUAGUAAUCAACUCUGCUUCAGCUCAACAAUACGUAUUUCAAGUUCAAGAAGAAUUAGCACCUGGAGCUCCUGUUGGGACCAUUAAUACUUCACCAGGAGUAACAUAUUCAUUUGAGGGAAAUCCAUCGCGGUUUACGCUUAAUUCUCAAACUGGUGCCAUAAGUACAGCAUCUCGGAUCGAUCGAGAGACAUUGAGCAAAAAUCCGAUUACUUUGCAAGUUCGUUCGUCGUCCUCGGUAACACUUAUCGACGUGCUUGUACAUGUUGGCGAUAUCAAUGACAAUUCGCCAGAGUUUUCUGCUUCAGUUUAUCCGGUUAAUUUUUGGGAAAAUGUUGCGGUUGGAACCAAGUCUUCGUUAGUAUCAGCGACUGACAAGGACGCUGGACAAAAUGCCAUCAUAGACUAUGCCAUUGUGUCCGGCAACGAAGCUGGGAAAUUCAAACUCGGUAGGAAUUAUACCGAAUGCAAUGACUCCCUGUUGUGUAUAAUCACACAAGGAAAACUUGAUCGUGAGGAUGUAGCUUUUUACGAGUUGAACAUCUCUGCAAGCGAUCGAGGAAGACCUUCGCUGCAUGCUUAUUGUUUGUUGAAUAUUACAAUUUUGGAUUUAAAUGACAACAAACCUGUGUUUACAAGUAACUUGUACAAUGCUACCUUGGAUGAAAACACUCCAGCUGGCGUAGAGAUUUUAUCUGUGACUGCAACAGACUUGGAUCAGGGCUUAAAUGGUGAAAUAAUGUAUUAUUUCGUGAACGAUGUAGAUAAUCUGAACAAUGAUGCAAGCAUGUUUAAAUUAAACGCCACCUCUGGAGUCAUUAGGACACUCCACCAUCUCGACUACGAACUUAAAAAGUCAUAUAUCUUCGAAGUUUUCGCCAGAGACAAACCUGAAGAAGGACAGGCGAAUGUAAACAAGACAACAGUACAUAUCUUUAUACAGGAUGUCAACGAAAACGAACCAACAAUACAAAUAUAUUAUGUGAAUGCUCAAGUUUCUGAGGCGUCUAAAAGUGGCACAGAAAUUGCAACUGUCGUUGUGCAAGAUCUUGAUAAUCCUCAACCUUCAAAUGACCAAUUUGAGGUGUCUCUUUCAAACACAAAUGGUAGUUUUGCUUUGAGCUUUGUCUAUUCUUCAGCCCGCAUAGGCUCCGUGUACAAACUACAGACCAAGGGUUCUUUAGAUCGUGAAAUGUUUGCAACUUACAAUAUCACAGUGACUGCGAAAGACAAAGGAAAACCUGUUCUUUCUGCAUCUGCUCAUGUGCUGGUGUCUGUUGUUGAUGUGAAUGAUGGAGUACCAACAUUUCCCAAGUUGAAUUACCAAGCAUCAAUUAGUGAAAUUGCACAGAAUGGAAGUACAGUUUACUCCGUUCAAGCCUCAGAUUCUGAUGGAGGCUCUAAUGGUCAGAUUUCUUACUCGAUUCUAAGCGGUAAUUCUUUGAAUUGGUUUCAAAUCGACUCACUCUCAGGUCUUAUCAGCACUGCUGCGCCUCUGGAUAGAGAAGUUUCCAAGCAGAUUUCCCUGACUGUGCUUGCCAAGGACAGUGGAUCACCACCUCUUAAUAGCAGCACAGUGGUAACUGUAACAAUUAAGGAUGUGAAUGAUAACAAGCCAACUUUUUCUAGGAGUGCUUACUUUGAAAAACUAGCUGAGAAUUUAAGGCCAGGAACUGUUAUUAUGACAUUGAAUGCAACAGAUGAUGACAGUGGUAAUAAUGGGAAUGUGACAUACAAAAUUGAUUCUGCUUCUCAACAAGUACUGAAUACCUUCAGCCUUAAUCCUCUCACUGGUGUUCUUACUACCAAAGUUAGACUUGAUCGGGAGAUGAAAAGCUCCUAUACUAUUCCGGUGAAGGCUUCUGAUCAUGGAAAUCCUCCACUGUCAUCAUCAACUUUAAUACAUUUGAAUGUUGAUGAUGAUAAUGAUAAUCAUCCAGUAUUUUAUCCUGUUACUUAUGUGGAAACUGUGUUGUCUAAUGCACAGUCCACAGUUAUCACUCAGGUGAUGGCAACAGAUGCUGAUGAUGGAACAAAUGCACAGAUUAUCUAUGCCAUUGCAGCUGGGGAUAAUGGUAAUUUCUCCAUAAAUAGCUCCACAGGGGAGAUUAUAUCAUCACCACCUCUCACCAAAGGUUUUUACAAGCUGAACAUCACUGCUCAAGACUUGGGCGGUCUUUAUGCAAAAACUUCAGCCACUGUUGAGAUCACUGUGCAGGUACAAUCUGAUGACCCUCUUAAAUUUGAGCACAGCAUCUACAAUUUUUCAGUGCAUGAGAAUGUCCCUUCUGGGACGUAUGUUGGAAAAGUUAUUGCUACGACAAAAAACAACAACAACAGCAGCAUUCAGUAUGAAAUCAUUUCUGGUGAUCCACAACACCAUUUCACUGUGGAUGGUUCUGGUGGAGUUAUUAUGGUCAAUGGACUUUUGGACAGAGAAAAGAAAGCAAACUAUGUCUUAAGUGUGAUUGCAAAAGCCUAUCUCUUGUCAGCAACCACAUCUGUGGAGAUAGACAUUCUGGACAGAAACGACAACCAGCCAGUAUUCAAAUCUCCUAGUGCUCAAGUGACCAUUGAUGCUAACUGGUCAGUGAACAAACAAAUUUAUGUGGCAUCUGCUACUGAUGAAGAUGCUGGUCUGAAUGGAUUGGUUCGUUAUCAGUUGACUACUGAUGGUAAUGGACUCUUCAAGGUUAAUGCAACAUCAGGGGUGAUCUCCCUGUCUAAGAAGAUAACCAACAUUGAUGAUUCUGAUUAUGUUGUGCAAGGGUUUGCAUCUGAUGCAGGAGCUCCUCCACUUCGCUCUCCCUUCAUGUUAACUGUGAAGAUUAUCACUUAUCAUCCCCCACAAUUUUUGUUGUCAUCCCUUGUGGCAGAUAUCCCCAGGGAUUUGCCUGUGGGAAAACAUUUUCUUCCUGUUAUUGCGGUUGAUCCAGAUCCUGGUGUCAAUGGAGCAUUAACUUAUGCAAUUGAUUCAACAGGCAAUGAAGAAAAACUGUUUGGAAUUUCUUCUCAUGGUGCACUCUUCGUAAAUAAGGAGCUCAGCAGAGCAAAUGGCACAUCUACCAUCUCUGUUUCUGCAACUGACAUGGGAACUCCACCUCUCAAAGCUUCCAUUACAGUGACUAUCAAUGUGAAGAGCUCAAUACAGUAUCAAGCCAUAUUUGUUAAUAACACUUUUGAAUUUUUUAUUCUUGAAAACAAACUUCCCGGAACUACUGUUGGCCACCUACUUCUUCACGAAGAUGGUUCUUUGAAAACCAAUAAAAUAACUUUUUCUCUUGUUGAGGCUCAUGAUGAUUUUGUGGUGGACUCCGAUACAGGACGAAUCUUCACAAGAGGAAUGUUUGAUCGUGAAGAGCUAGUUGCUCAAAGUGGAAGGAAUGUGUUGACUUUCCUGGUAAAGGCAGAAUACAGUGACACAUCACUCAAGCAAGAUUCUGCAGUAGUGGUUGUGACUGUUAAGGACCAGAAUGAUAGUCCUCCAGAGUUUCGCCGUUCAGUGGCUUAUAUCACAGUCCAAGAGUUUUCUGGAUUAGGAGUUGUUUACAGAGUGAUAGCUUCUGACCCUGACGAAGGAGAUAAUGCUAAGUUUAAUUUCUCUAUUGUGGAUGAACCCAAAUCCGAAGUGUUUUGGAUCGACCCACCUAGUGGGAAUCUAUUCCUGAACAGCUCACUUGACAGAGAAAACAUAGAUCAUUACAGUCUAACUGUGCAGGCCACAGAUAUUGCAGAUGCCUCCUUGUUCUCUCAAAAGCAUCUUGAAGUUAUUGUUGGUGAUGCUAAUGACAACAAGCCCAACUUCACGGAGGAGUUUGCCACAGUGAAUGUUUCUGAGAGUUUGCCCGUAUCUUCUCAAAUAGCCGUUGUUCAGGCAACUGAUAGAGAUAUAGGGGUCAACUCUGAGAUUGCCUACGCCAUUGCUUCUGGGAAUUUAGAGGCUGUCUUUGAUAUCAACCACUUGACAGGGGAGUUGUUUCUUACUAAGUCUCUGAACUUUGAAAGAACCAGGAGUUACACCCUGAACAUUACGGCAGUUGAUCGUGGGAAUCCACCCCAGUCUGCAAUGUCAAAAAUUUCAGUGAAUGUCCUUGAUGACAAUGAAGCUCCUGUGUUUGUUGAUAAAAUAAAUACUAUCAGAGUUCAAGAAAAUGUCAAUGCUGGGGAGCAGAUUGGACAGUGCUCAGCAACUGAUGAGGACAGUGGGGAACGUGGCCGCAUAACAUUCAGCAUUGAUAGCCAAACACCUACGGAAGAAAUGGCAUUUGAGAUAGACCCGUACACCUGUGUGAUUACCACAAAACGAGAACUUGACCGUGAACACACCAGCCUCUACAAACUUGUAAUCAGGGCAAUAGAUAAUGCAAAUGCUCCGAUGCAGCUUUCUGCAACGAAAGAGGUCACUGUUGUUGUAGAGGAUGUGAAUGACAAUAAUCCCAGGUUUGUGACUGCACCAGCUGUUGUAGUGAAGGGUGAUGAAGCUCCCAAUGAUGUGAUAGCAACUCUGUCAGCCUAUGAUAAGGAUUCUGGAACAAAUGGUUUGGUGACCUACAAAAUCACGCCAGAUGUCGACAAUAUUUUCCAAGUGAAUAUCACCACAGGAAAGUUAUCCAUGAGAUCUAGGUUACCUUCAAAGAAUGUGUUCCACUUUACAGUAACAGCAACAGAUGGUGGAUCACCAUCUCGUAGCACAGAUGCUGUAGUAACAGUGUUCAAGGAAGGAGGACCAAACAGUAACCUUGCCUUCAGCCAGGCAGUCUAUAGCACCUCUGUGUUAGAAAAUGCCAGCAACGGGACAUCUGUGACUAAAGUCAAAGCAGUUGCUCCUGGAUCACAGAUCAAGUACUACAUCGCCUCUGACUCCAGCAAUGGUUCAUUUCUCUUAAAUCCUGACAAUGGCGAAAUCACAACUGCCUUCGAGCUUGAUCGUGAGGGUUUUUCUACCUCGCUUUUUUCGCUGACUGUAUUUGCAGUUGAUUUGACGGGACAAAACCCUAAGACUGGAAAUGUCACAGUUGACAUUUAUCUGAAUGAUACUAAUGACAACAGCCCCGUAUUUGUGUCAAAUGUUUACAGAUCAAGUGUAAAGGCAUACACGUCACCGGGUGUCAGUGUUACUACUGUCUUUGCUCUCGACGAAGAUGUUGGCUCAAAUGCGAAGGUUACGUAUUCCAUCGUUAGUGGUAAUGAUGGUAAUGUAUUUCAGAUAAAUGGCUUAACUGGUGUUCUAACCGCCGUUAGACUACUUAACCAGAGUUCCAAAGCUGUGUACAGGUUAACUGUGAAUGCAACAGAUGGUGGAUCACCUAAACGGUUCUCAAGCUGCAGUGUUGUAGUGACAGUGCUUCCUGCUAACAACUAUACGCCACAAUUUUCCCGUCAUUUCUAUUCAUUUAAUGUUCAGGAGGAGACAGCGGUCGGCAUAAUCUUUGGGACAGUCAGCGCCUCAGACCGUGACAGUGGAUCAAAUGGGAGAAUCAGAUACAGCCUAACAGGUAACCACAAGGAUGUGUUUUCAGUGGAGCCAAUCAGUGGCAAUUUAAAGGUUGCAAAAUGGCUUGACAGAGAGGAAGUUGAAAUCUAUAUCCUGAAUAUUUCAGCCAGUGAUCAAGGUGACCCAUCUUUGUUUGCUUACACUGAAGUUUAUGUGAAUAUCCUGGACAAAAAUGACAAUGCUCCACAAUUUAAUCCAAGUUCAUAUUCUGUGAGUGUCUCAGAAGCUACUGGAAUCCACUGCAAUAUUUUGACUGUUACAGCUACUGAUAAAGAUUUUGGCUCCAAUGCACUUCUUACAUACACAAUUCUGUCAGGAGAUGAUGACCGCACCUUUUCUAUUCAUCCCAAUGGCACUAUCUACAACCUUAAAGAAUUCGACCGUGAAAAGAAGAGCUCUUACUUUCUCACCAUCCUGGCCAGAGACAAAGCAGUUCCAAUUUCGGCACAACUUUCCAGCACAGCUACCGUGACGGUGGAUAUUGGUGAUAUCAACGACAACAUCCCUUACUUUAUAUCCAGUAAUAUCAGUCAUGUGUCUGAGCAUGCUUCAACGGGUGAUGUUGUCACAACUGUUCUCGUAGUCGAUCUGGACGCUGGAAGUAAUAGCGAGGUUAGCUUCAGUCUCGCCAAUAAUGGUCUGGUUCCCUUUACUAUAGGUUCGAGUGAUGGUGUGCUGCGAGUCGCUGGAAUGUUGGAUCGCGAAAUUCAAGAGGAAUACGUAAUAAAAUUGGUUGCAACUGACAUGGGUGUUCCAGCAAAGCGCGCAGAAUUUGAGAUGACUGUGAUAGUUGAUGACUACAAUGAUCAUGCACCGGUCUUUAAGCCUAGUCCACCUGAAGUGCAUGUUUAUGAGAACAUUUCAAUAGGAAGUGAAGUUGCCCGCUUUUCAGCCACAGAUGACGACGAAGGAAGCAAUGCAGAAGUGACGUUCAGUGUCGUGGCAGGACGUGGAGAUGGAAGCUUUGAGAUAAAUCCCAGAAAUGGGAUCCUCCGCACCAUUCGGUCCCUAGACAGAGAGACCACACCCAAUUACACAGUUGUCGUGCGAGCAUCUGAUCGAGGAGUGCCGUCCAUGUUUGCAGACCGAGAUUUGGCGAUUUUCUUGCGCGACGUCAAUGACAACACGCCCACCUUCUCUGAACCUUCUUACACGAGACAUGUUACUGAAAACCAGCUACAAAGCAAUGUAAUCAUUUUAAGGGCAGUGGACGAUGACGAAGGCAGAGACGGCAGUGUAACUUACAGUAUCGUCCAAGGUAACGAACGUGGUGUCUUUACUGUCAACAGCAACACUGGCCAAAUAGGACUCAGGGUCUCUUUGGAUAGAGAGGAGCAGGAAGAGUAUAAACUGAGAGUCCAGGCUAAAGAUGGAGGGUCUCCUUCCCGGGUAGGAGAGACUGAACUCAUCGUAAAAGUAGAUGACGAAAAUGACAAUUCUCCCGUGUUUAGUCCCGACAAACUGAGAGCUUCAGUAAAAGAAAAUGCUCCCGCAGGUACAAGUGUGUUCCAAGUGACUGCAACGGAUGCUGAUACGGGUAUCAACGGAAAAAUUAUGUACUCUCUGUCCAAGAGUUUUGAGUGGUUUGAGAUUGACCGUGAUACUGGGGAAAUAACAACCAAACCCACCGCUCGCCUCAAUCGCGAACUUAACCCAGAGUUUGAGCUCGAAGUGCUCGCCACUGAUGGAGGGAUUGCAAGUCGAGAAGGGAAAGCGUGGUUACAUCUUACCGUUGAAGAUGAGAACGACAAUGAUCCAAUAUUUGAUUCCAAUCUGUACACAGCUACAGUAGCACCAGGAGCCCCUCCAGGUACUUUUAUCAUGAUGGUGUCUGCUACGGAUCAAGAUAUAGGCCCUAACGCGGAAACAGAGUACACGAUAACGAGUGGUUUUUCUCAGGUCUUCAAUCUCGCACCCAAGACAGGUAUUGUCUCAGUGGCUCAAAACGUUCCCCAAAGUCCUUCUUCAUAUACCUUUGGUAUAAAAGCUACUAAUGUCAACGCUCCCCAACGCUCUGCGUCUACUAAAGUCCAAAUUGAUGUGGCGACAGGAACAAUACCAGUAUUUCAACACCUGGACCAGACGAUAACAGUCUCUGAGCAUGCACCAGUGGGCACUGAAUUGGUAACUGUAAAUGCCACCGGUCACAUCAUGUAUUUUAUCGCCGCAGGGAACAUUGGAGAUGCUUUUGAAGUUGGCAAACUUGGUGGAGACGUAACCAUCAAGUCACCUUUGGAUUACGAGGAACGGACAAACUACACUUUGAUCGUCGGUGCAAAGGCAUCUGGCAGCCAACCACUUUCAGGUUUUGUGAAAAUUCACGUAAAUGUCGCAGACGAAAAUGACAACUUCCCCGUGUUCAGUAAGAACAUUUAUCGAGCGGACAUUCGCGAGGAACUUCCAAUAAAUACAACAGUGCUGUGGGUAUCGGCCUCUGAUGCAGAUUCCUUGGCUUUUGCCAAGGUGGAAUAUAAAUUGGUCCCGGGUAACAUGCAGGCUAGUUCAGCUUUUAAAAUUUCAGCCAAGAACGGGCGUGUCUCCACUAAAAUCCAACUCGAUCGUGAAAAUAUCUCUUCAUACACUUUUAUGGUUCGCGCUGAAGACGUGGCAAACAAAUCCUUGGCAAGCGAAGCCGCUGUGAUAAUUAACGUACAAGAUAUUAAUGACAACAUCCCUGUUUUUGAAGAUCCUCUGACUGCAUCUGUUUACGAGAAUACCACUGUAGGAAGCUUGGUGGCAUUGCUUAAGGCUCACGAUGCCGACACCACUCAGGUCAGCACUCGUUUGCAGUUUAGAUUCACUGCCGGUGGAAAUCCAGGCAAUACUUUUGGUCUUGAUACAUACAGCGGUAGAUUGACUCUGGGCAAGAAUUUAGAUCGGGAGAAACAAUCCCACUACACUCUACAAGUCAGAGUGAGUGACUCACAACACAUAACCAUGUCCAACUUCACUGUGACUGUUUUAGAUGUAAAUGACAACCCUCCAAGAUUCAUCUCAGAUCCUGUGACUCACCAAAUCCCCGAAAAGUUUGCAGUUGGAGCACCGGCUUUGAAUGUGAGUGCAACUGAUGACGACUUAGGCACCAACGCUGAGAUUUUGUACUCGAUUCGUCCGUCACCUGCAAGCGAUGCAUUCACAAUUGACCGCCAGACGGGUGUUCUUCGCCUUUACAGAGAACUAAUAUACCACAAGCCAAGUGCUUCUGGAAAUAAUAACUUCUAUAAUUUGACAGUAAAAUCAUGGAAUCCGUAUGCGCCAUUCCACGAGAAAACAGUUAAUGUUGUGAUUGAGGUGACCGAUAUCAAUGACCAUGCUCCGGUGUUCGAGUCUUCAUCGUAUGUGUUAUUCGCCGUUGUUCGUUCAACGGCCGGCGAGACGGUUGGUCAGGUGCAAGCGGUCGAUAAUCGGGAUGACGGUGCCAAUGCGCGUGUACGUUACGAGGCAGUCAGUGGAAACGGUACAUCAUUAUUCAACAUAGAUGCAGAUAGUGGGAAUGUUACCGUGGGUGGAACGUUAAAUGUCCUAGGUUUAUACCACGUAAGGGUCAGAGCUCAAGACUUAGGAAAGCCAGUUCAGGAAAGUUUUACCAACGUCUACGUGGAAGUUGUCGAAGUCAAUGCCUUCGCUCCAAAAUUUUCACCUGGCCAGACUGUUCUUUCCAUAUCGGAAACAAAGGCUGUUGGGGAUGAAGUUGUCAAAGUUGAAGCCAAAGACCAGGAUACCGGAACGAAUGGUCAAGUAUCCUAUCACAUCGACAGCAGUAAUCCGCCGGGAUUCUUUGGAAUUGGUCGUAAGAACGGGUCAAUCUAUGUGAUAAAGACGCUGGAUUAUGAAGUUCACAAAACAUUUUUACUUUCGGUUGUGGCUUCUGACGGAGGGAAAAUUGCCCGCACAGACAAGCACACUGUUCAAAUAACAAUCUUAGACGCAAAUGAUAACCGACCAGUCUUCACACCUGAGGAAUACCACGGAUAUACACCCGAGAAUACAGCUCCUGGGAAGCUGAUAAUUACUGUUACGGCACGAGAUCCUGAUACUGGUGACAGCGGACAGGUUGAGUACAGCAUCUCCAACACCGCAUUACUGGGCUCGUUUGAAAUAAAUUCAGGAAGCGGGGAAAUAAAGAGCAAGGUUAUCUUCGACUAUGAAGUGCAACGGCUGUACGAGUUGACCAUCAUGGCCAAAGAUCGGGGUACACCAUCAUUAAUCUCACAACCAAUGGCCAAAGUUUUCAUUCACGUCACUAGUGUUAAUGAAUUCACACCCAAGUUUAACAAGUCAUUGUUUACGGCUUCUGUGGCCGAGAACGCACCGGUUGGGCAGUCUGUGACACAGAUAUACGCCACUGACCUGGACAAAGGACCCGAUGGUGAAAUUGUGUUUCUACUGGUCGGUGAAAGUAAAGACCAGGGAUUCAAGCUCGACAGAUCAACCGGGGUUUUAAGUGUCUCAGGAGGCUUGGACAAUGAGAAAGCUGGUGUCGUCACUCUUCGUAUUCUCGUCAAGAACGCGUUACAAACGAGUGUGACACCUAAUACCAGCGAUCUGUCAACUGUAAUCGUAACUGUCACGGACGCUAAUGAUGCUCCCCGGUUUCUGCAAAUUGUAUAUAACGCCCGAGUGACGGAAGAACAAAUUGCCGGUCAACUUGUUACCAGUGUCACUGCUGUAGACGAUGAUAUAACCAAGCAGCCGACAGGGAUAACAUAUGGAAUUGUGGCUGGUAAUACUGGAAAUGCUUUUGAAAUCGAUAAAACCACUGGUGCGAUAACAACAGCAAGGAAGUUAGACAGAGAAACUAUUGCUCACUACCGUUUGACUGUAAGUGCUACAGACCAAGGGCGGCCGCCCAUGUCAGGCAACGCUACUGUCAAUGUCAAGGUUGAUGACAUCAACGAUAAUGCGCCACGCUUAUUUUCAAACUGCACGGGUAUGAUCAAGGAAAACCAACCCGCUGGUACCACAGUGGUGACACUGCAGGCUCACGAUCGAGAUAUUGCUCCAAAUCGAGGACCAUACGCUUUUGCUAUCAAUGGUGCUGACUAUGGAAAGUUCCAAGUGAGCAGUAGUAGUGGUGAGAUCACAACCACAGCUGAGCUGGACCGCGAAAAGAUUUCUUCCUUCAAUUUGUCGAUCAGGAUCACGGACAGUGGUAUUCCGAGGCUCCAGGCUGUGUCACAAUGUCAGAUGCUUGUCCAGGAUGUGAAUGACAAUCCACCCCAGGCAACCUCACGUGUUGUGCAUGUGAAUAGCUUUAACAGCUUUGCAUCGGGGCUAGUAGCUAACGUCCCACCUAAUGACCCGGAUGUUGACGACAAACUGACCUGCAAGAUCAUCCGGGAUAGCGAAGGAUUGUUUAGAUUCACUCCGGGAAGCUGUACACUGGGUACAAACAAGAGAUACGACGGAAGUGCUGAACUGGACAUAAUGGUGAACGGAUCUGAUGGAAGAUCUGCUGUUGAAUACAAUGUUAAAGUGCGUUUUGUCGCCUACAACUCGUUAACCAUCAACAACAGUGUAACGGUGCGAGUGAUGAAUUCAUCUCCAGAAACUUUCCUUGCACAAUCCUAUCAGAAGUUCAUAGAUGCCAUCAACCGCAUUCUUCCAGCCGGCCAUGUCUCUCAGCUAUUCAGUGUGAAGUCAAUUGCAGGCGAUUUUGUCGAUUUGUCGAUUGCUGUGAAAAAAGCACAUGGCGGUCUGUACAUGGUACGAGAGACUCUCUCUGACCUGCUAAGCCAAAACAAACCUGAUAUAGAGAGAAAUGGUAAAGUACAAAUCCAACAGGUCGACUACACUCCCUGCACUGCUCACAGUCCAUGCCAAAAUGGCGGCGAGUGCACAAGUUACAUUCAAACUCGAGGAACAACGAGCACAUUGACCUCAGUGCCUGUGGUGUUCUUGUCUGUGGAUUAUGACUGGCGCUUUACCUGCGUGUGCAAACCGGGUUACAAAGGAGAGAGGUGUGAGAUCAGCGUGAAAGGCUGCAGCUCCAAACCAUGCAAGAAUGGAGCUACCUGCUUGGAUAGGGACCACUCGUUCAAAUGUUUGUGUCCAGCUGGAUUUAAUGGACCCACUUGCGCCAGUGACAUCAAUGAGUGUGCCAAUAAGCCGUGCAAGAACAACGGACACUGCGAAAAUCUGGCUGGAAGUUACCAGUGCCAUUGUAAGCCUGGUUACUUGGGAAAGAACUGUUCGUCUGGGUACGAUUUCUGUCGAGUGUCCUCGCCUUCAAGUUGGUCCCCGCCUAAGUGCACUUGCGCCUCUGGGAAGGCUUGUCGGUGCCCCUGUAUUGGCUUUCAAUCUGUGUCGUAUUUAAAACUGCCAACCCUUAGUAGCCAACAGCAAGGAAAGUUUAAUAACAUCACUAUUGAGUUUUCUACCUCCAAGAGCGAAGGGCUGUUACUCUACAACUCGGACGGAAAGAACAGCUUGGAUUCCGAUUUCAUCGCCAUACAGAUCCUCCGUGGUAAGAUACAGAUGUCGUUUAAUCUCGGGUAUUCCAGGAGCGCAGUUGCGGUGGAAGCUGGUCAGUCUGUGGACGACGGACAAUGGCACACAGUUACAAUUAUAAGAAACAGGAAGGAAGGUGAAGUCACUGUUGAUUCGUCCCGCACAGUGUCCGUGGUUUCCGAUGGACAACUAGAGAAACUAGACUUGAACAACUCGCCGUUGUUUCUUGGUGGUAUAAAAGACUUCGAUCAGUCCCUGGAUCACCCGGGCAAACACAUUCAGACUGAUGAUUUUCUUGGCUGUAUGCGGAAUGUGUUCAUCAACGGCAAGAAACUGGAGCCAAGUGCUGCCACGGAGUCCGGUGGCAUCAUUGACAGCUGUCCGCGGUUAGACCAGUGUGCUGCAAACCCAUGCGAGAAUGGGGGGACGUGUGUUGAUUAUUGGUUUGAGUACGUGUGUGAAUGUCCGAAAGGAUUUAGUGGAAGGAACUGCGAAAAAGUGGUACAACCAGUGAAAUUUAGCUCGGAUAGCUUCCUAGUGCUGCAGUUUAAGGACAGUUACCGUCGCGAGCAGCAGCGAAAAGAAAAAGAAGGAAUCUCCUCUCGGAGAAGAAGAACAGUGUCCUCCAACCAGGAACAGUUUUCAUUCAGAUUCCGCACUCGGAACAUGAACAGCCUUCUCCUUCUCGCCAGUGAUUCAACCACGACUGUGUCCUCUGGCUACACUGUGUUGGAGAUUAAAUCUGGAAAUCUCAAGUACAGCUUCGGAAAUGGGGGUAACAUCGCAAGCUUUGAAGUCAAAUCUUCCACUGUUUCUGAUGGCGAAUGGCAUAAUGUUACUGUCCUUCAUAUUGAUAAGAGCGUGACGGUCACGCUAGACGGUAAUAUUCAUCCAAAGUCAUUCGAAAGUUCAGCACACGAUUUUCUUGGUAAGAACAUAAGGAUCUGGUUCCUUGGUGGUUACGAUUCGUCUAUGUCGGGCUUGAACUUGGCAAAUUUCUCCGGUUGCAUGGAAGACCUAAACAUCGACGGUUUACACGUGUCGUUCUCGGGACCCAACAAGUUCGCUGCAAUUUCUUCUCAAGGCGGUUCAGUUGGCGAGGGGUGCGAUGGCGGCGGUUUCUGCUCCUCUGUCAUCUGCACAGACCCCAGUAAACCUUACUGCUUCGAAGAAUGGGAACUAGCAACCUGUAUCAGCGACAAGCAGUGUAAACCGAAUCCGUGCCGGGGGAAUGGGACCUGCCAGCCGCAGAAGGACGGUAACUACACUUGUAUGUGCAACGGAGAGAUCGGAGCUUGCACUGCAACCCCAGGUGAAAGAGGCGAAGAUGGUGAUGACAAGUCGCUAAGCACUGGAGUUAUCGCAGCUAUAGCUUUUUUUGCAGUGUUGGUAAUACUUAUCAUUGUAGCAGUGAUUUUAGCUCGUCGGUAUCGACGGCGACAAAAGGCUAACGACAAGACGGUAGCAGAGGGUUUUGACGCGGCUGUCACCGGGGCUGAAGUGGCUGCAGAUGUGCAGGAUGCUUCCCAGAGAACAUCUCCCUCGCACAGCAGCGAUGACAGCGGUGUAGUCAUUCGUAAUCCGAGUCAGAAGUCGUUGACCGAUUUGCGACCGGCUACCCUUCAGAAUGGCAAGGACAUUGUGAUACACAACGUCGGAGCCCCUGAGGAUUAUCAGAUCAAACUUACGAGAUCCCAGGAGAAAAUCGACCCAGGAUUUUCUGAAUCCGACGGGGAAUUUAUCAUGCGCAAUGACGUGGCCUUGAAGGAGGUGCCUGCUGAUCUAGGAGAUAUCUCAAGGCUGUCACGAACCCCUAAUCAUCGAAGUACGCCAUUGGAAAAGGAGCACUUACGGUCGGCACCGACAAAUAUUCGAUCAAGGAAUCGCGAGCGGAAAAUUCCGAACCCUCACUUUAGGCAUGGCACGGACAAGCGGCAACCGCUAUCCAGAAGUAUCCUGGAUCCGAGAUUGCGCGUGCCAACCACACAGCCAACGAAAUCUUCGAGACGCUUUCGGAAAGGUUCGCUGGGUUCUUCGAGCAGCGACGAACCUGCGGACCUCUCCGAUGCCGGUCACAGGUCGGACGAUAACAACUCUGAAAGACUUGAACACUACGAUAUUGAAGUAGCGAGCCUCGGCUACAGUGAAGUGUCUUACCAAUAUGAUCCUAAUACUUUCAAAGACCAUUCGUUGAACCGCCAAGAGCCACGGGGAUUAUCAGCAGUAGAGAUCGAGAGACUUCGAAAGCAAGCACCAUCGGGAAGCUUACUUGAUGCAGUGUCCUCAGUUAGUGACGAAGACGCCCCGACAAUCGAUAAGUUGUCGAGCGUUCUCGAAGUUCCCGACACUUCAAGUGAGAGUUCCGAUGAUACUUUUACGUGUAGCGAGUUUGAAUACGACAACGAUGAACCUAGCCGAGAUGAGAAUGAACGAGGUAGUAUGAUAUUCUCUAAGCUGGUCAAUGGAGAUGCGAAGGAGAACGAGAGUACUCCGAGGAGAAAGCCGAACGAGGGACGAGCGUCAAACCGAGGAUCGUUAAGUACUUUAAAUCUGAGUGAUGAUGAAAUUUUACCAAACGCUUUAAAUAAUAAACCAACGAAUGGCAAGAAAGACUUAUUCAACUGGGACGAUGUGUUGAACUGGGGAUUGAGGUAUCACAAUCUUCGAGGAGUGUAUAAAGACAUUGCACAACUGAAAGAUUCUACGAAUGUUGCAAAGAACAAGGACGAAGAGUACGUUUGAUAGAGAGAGAGAAGACGUUAUUUUUUAGGGAACAUUUUAUUUAUUUAUUGAAAUAAGGCUUGAAAUUAUCAAGCCAAGUGUGAGUGGAAGGUGUAUAUAGCAGUAGCGUGUUUUUAGUUGAUUGUUUGAGAGAAAGAGGUUUGACUCAGAAAGACAUGUUACAUGCAGAAGAUGCUUUUAGACGAGUUCAGAGUUUUUUUUAAUAACUUUAUUGAGUUUUCUGUGAAGACGAAAUAAGGACAGUAUUUAUCUAUUGAAAACUUCAAUAACGAUUUUCAAGGGUUUUAAAGCUCUUUUCCCAUACGUUUUCAUUAUUACGUUAUAUCUCUCUCGUGUUACUAAUUCUCAACGUUUUCAUUGGUCAUAGUCCUUUAGUAUCUGUAAUUGUUCUUUAUUUUUGUUUUUUUUAAUCGACGGAGGACAUUAACCUGGGGACCAACCUGGGUUCGUUUUUAUACGAUCUUAAUCUGGUAUUAUUAAAAUGACUUCCACUCGCAAAAUACAACAACAAAGUUAUAUUAGUAGAAAAUGAGCGCCACCGUUAACGAAUGCUGAUUAAAGUAUGUUUUGUAUGGAA